UGAGGUGCAUAUCAGAAGAGUCUUGGCUUCUGCGGAGGAAACGUGACUUCACUGCAGACCUUUUAACUUCGUACGCACAAGAUGAGUGGUCGUGCUUCUUGCCUGACAGUCGUCCUGAUGGCUACCUGUGCUCUGGUCACCGCCAUUCCAACAGACAAUAGCACAGAGACAGGUCACCAGUCAGGAAUGCUCUACAUUACACCGAAGGGUCGCCUCAAGAUGCCUGUUGGAACAGUCGCCCUUUUAACUCCGACUUUGUCUAUUCCUAUGGGGGGUAGCGACCCCUCCUCCGCCUCAGGCACCAUGGCUGUAUCCGUUCCCUUUAGAUUCGAUUUUGAUGAGCUGGGACUGACUGAUCUGAAAAACAACUGGGGAUACGUAAACAGGGUGGCCCGCGACGCCUCACCCCAGGAAGAACACAAGGGGGGCGACAGAUCACAAGUGUACCGCGUGGCAGAGAACACCAUCAGCUCCUCGGGUCUUGAUGGAAGAGUCUGCCUUUUGAGAGCCAUCUGUGAGAUCAACCUGGACUACUCUAUAGAGGAACUUGGUCUUCUUGGCGAGGUUCUGCAUCUCAUGCUGAGCCCCAGCAAGAGUACGCGACACAUGGGAGAGUAUACGGAGGCAGAAACACAAGGCAAAGCUGAGAAGGACUGCAGUCGGUAUCACACUGGCUGUCCCUAUUCCUUCUUCUAUGACCAAAAAGUAUGAUGCUGCUGCUUCUUUCACCACCACUACCACCACCACUACCACCACCACUAUCACCACCGCCAGCACCAGCACCACCGCUAUAAGACAAGCUGACGUGUAGUAUAUUAUUAUUAUUAUUAUUAUUAUUAUUAUUAUUAUUAUUAUUAAUCGAUGACGAAUAAAAAGGAAAAAUAAAAACAAAAACAAGA